AUGUCUGGUUGUGGAAAGGGAGGCAAAGGUCUAGGAAAGGGCGAAGCGAAACGACAUCGUAAGGUACUGAGGGACAACAUUCAAGGGAUCACCAAGCCUACGAUUCGGAGGCUGGCUAGGAGGGGAGGAGUGAAGAGGAUAAGUGGUCUGAUCUAUGAAGAGACCAGAGGGGUGCUUAAGAUUUUCUUGGAGAAUGUGAUUCGUGAUGGUGUGACCUACACUGAGCAUGCUAGGAGAAAGACGGUGACUGCCAUGGAUGUGGUCUAUGCUUUGAAGAGGCAAGGCAGGACUCUUUAUGGGUUCGGUGGUUAA